CUUAGGGAGCAGAGUUGCAAAUAUUCAAAUGGAUGUUAUGCACAACGAGUGGUCUAGGUUUGGGUCCUUUUUAGCGUUUCCUGCAAAUUCUGUUGCAAAGCCUAUACGAUUGUCUAAGGCUGGAUUCUAUUACACUGGUUCAGGAGAAGAAGCUAUUUGCUUCUGCUGUGGAGUGAGAAAUGAUAUUUGGACUGAGGACGAGUCUCUGCUGGAAGUUCACAGGCGACUUUCCCCGCACUGCAGAUUUGUAUGUGGUGCGGAUACCACUAAUAUUGCCAUUCACGGAGAUAACGGACUGAAGACAGUAUCAAAGUGUUCAAAUAAAGUGCAUGGAAAUUCUGCGUUUAAAACAUUAGAAUCUAAAAGGGAUGUAGAGUCUACGCAUGCUGCUGAACAACCAAAUGAAAUAUUCGAAGAUGAGAGGAAUCUGUAUGUAAGCGGCACAUCGCCUCGACAUGCUUCUACUGAAAUUUCAACAGUAAAUCAAGGGGUUACAAAUCAAGAAUAUGGCAUGACGACGAAGUCCGUGUCUUCACUUACGAACGGACAGAUUGAAAUUUAUCCAGGGAUAAGCCAUUCCAGAUCUAAACAUUCCGAGUAUGCCUUGUUAAGUGAGCGGCUAGCAUCAUUUCAUGAAUGGCCUGCACGGCAUGUUGCUGAUCCGAAUGUUUUAGCUAAGGCCGGAUUCUACUCUGCAGGUAUACAAGACUGUGUAAGAUGCUUUUUCUGCAAUGGAGGUAUGAAAAAUUGGCAGACAGGAGACAAUGCAUGGGUCGAACAUGCGAAGUGGUUUCCCAAUUGUGCAUAUCUUAAACUGUGCAAAGGAGAAGCCUUUGUUAACAUUUGCAGCUCUUCAGUUAAUGCUGAUAUUGUCACUGUUUAUGAUAAUGAGUCGCAAAUGGAUCAAAAAAAUUGUCCCGAUGAUUGGUUGAUAGAGAAUAUAAACAGUGCUGCGGCCAAAAUUGUGUUAUCCGUGGGAUAUAAACAAGAGGACGUUGAAAAGGGUGUCAUGUUUGCAAGGCAGAAAUACGGUCCAACAGAAAUCAAAGCUCAGUUUAUCAUGGAAUAUAUGCUAGAGGCAAAAAAGCAGUGUUCUACACAACUGCUUCCAGCAACCGGGAAGCACAAAAUGUCUGAAUAGGUAAAAAGAAAAGAUAAACCACAAAAUGUUAUUAGCAAUGCGACAGAGACAAACGACAAAAGAAGUACGGUAGACUCAAAAAUCAAAUCAGAAAAGCAAAGAUUGGAGGAAGAAAAUCGUAAACUUAAGGAUCUUACAACGUGCAAAAUUUGUCUUGAUAAUGACGCAUGCGUGGCAUUUCUUCCAUGUGGUCAUUUGGCAUCUUGUGUAGAAUGUUCAAAAUCU